GCUAACUUUUUUCUGUCUUCAGUUUAGGUCAACUCCGCCACUCGAGGGAGCCGCCGAAGGGACGCAUUACAUCAUUACACAACAGAAAAAUUGUGCAACUUAUGACUUAGCAUAGAGCAGACAGAUUGACCCGUUACCCGAAUAUACAAAGCAAACUACUUUUCGCCAUUUUACAUUACACGGGCAACUACUGGUAAUAAAUAGUUUGAUGACGAUGACGACUACAUAUGAUGGCAGUGUCAGUGAUAACAGUUCGGGUGAAGAAUCCGCUGGGUUAGUAUGUCGAAACACAGCAGAUAUUUCAGUAUUAUAUUGUACCGGGUCGGUGUUCCCGUCGUACGUGAACCGGUAAGCGGCUGCUUAUCACAUUAACCGAUAUAGUAUUGUGUGUAGAUAGUUUUGUGGAACAUAUUCGCUGGCACAAUACAGAAGACAUCGCUCACUGAAUGCUCAAGGGUAUACAACACCGUACACUUAGCGGUAAAUAACAACAGCCUGCUAUCUUUACUAACCAUUACUGAUACCAUAAAAUGCCAAUGCAAAGCACAGUUGAGACGGUAUAUUACGAUGAAUGUACACCGUUACCUGAUAUAGGACUGAAAAGGAUUUAAUUUAUCGGCCUGAAGCCAGCCGAGUGCUAAAGUAUGAAAAUGAGCGCACUUGUGCCGAUGCCAGCGCGCAUGCGAUAAAAUGGAUUAAUAAUUAACUUAAUAUACCAAUAGCGAAUACAUUGGGGGAAAUCGCUCGGUACCAAUUUCAGCCGCCGUUGGCAGCGACCGUGUUUCUAGUUGUCGCGAAAUGCUCCGCUAAGUACGCCGCCGGUAUACAAACCUUUGUUUUCGAACUGUUUACUUUGAACGUGGCGUUAAGAAUGUCAUAACAGUGGCGCGUUUUCACAGAUUGAAAGUGUUGACAAAAGCAAGAAGAGAUCCUGCAGUGCAGAGUUUAGCCCGGCUACAACAGUUGAAUUCAGGACAAGCUUCCCUAUACGGUUUUUUAUUCUUCUUAUAGGGGAUGUGUGGAAUACGAUGAAAGGAAAAUGAGAAACCGUCUACAGGCUUUAAGCAAAUAGCAGCUGCUAAUCGUCUACGACAAUUCAACUGAACACAUACGUGUAUGUACGUGACAGAUUAUUGUAAGGGUCAAGCUCUAAGUGAAGAGACAAUUGCGGAAACAAAGUAGAUGUAACGAAUACGUCGUGCUGUUCUUCGAUACAUGACUUCUUCUGAUGCACUUCGAGCCGGAAGGCAGCCGAAACCUGAGGUAACACUGAAUGUAUUCGAGUCCAACGGGCUGGGUCCCCCUUUCUCACGUGAGUCGACCUUAGUGACCAAUUUCGUUUACAUUGUAUAUACACAAUCAUUUAAGCUAUUAUUAAACAGAUAUUACAGCUGCUAUUUUUAAAAUGUCACUUUAGCGUAACAUUUUAGAUAAAUGCCAAAAUCCUUUAUAGCUCUGGAGCAGUAUGCAUUCAAACAGAGGGAUUCUGAUACGGCAAUCUUCACAGUUCUUUCAAGUAACGUCAAAAGAUUCGCCACACUCGAAGACCGAACGUGAACCUUCGGUUUCGUUGUUUCAUUAGUACUACCCUCAAAGUCUCAGAGAUGAGACUCAUCAUAGAACUACCUAUCUCAAUUAAUAUAAUAGGUUAUAUGAAAUUAUUCACCGAUUUUACGGCAUUCACGAAUUGCUUGCUAUCGCCGAUAUGGUUUUACUGGCGCAAAAGCAAAAGCACAGUAUUUUCAAGAUAUGUUCAUCCCUAAGAUUGACCUUUAGAGACAACGAACUAGGACGCUCACCUACUUGGCUUUUGGAAAAGCCAUAUUUUUGGAUCUGCAAUAUCGCUUGAAAACGACUUGAAAAGGUCGUGCAACAAAGUGAUCGUGCCACCAUUCUUUUGUGAUCGGUUCGACCAAAAUUGAAGAAGAAUCUUGUCUCGAGUUUUCCAGGAGUAAUAACCCUCCAUAUUGUUUUUCAGCUCGUAUGCUUAUUCGGCAGUGUACAACAACAGCAAAAAAGUUACAAAAUAAAGAACACUGAUCAGAGCAGAGCGUUCAAAAGCUAGCCUCACAGCUCUUUCCAUAACGCGGAUGUCGCUUCUGAAUGAAGCAGUAUGCAGCCGACAGUUGGUAUAUUAUAGCAACAAACCAUAUCGACGUAUUCCGAACCGACUGUAUCGCCGCAAACACGCGUUUAGAAAAGGAUCAAUACGAACUCAACGAAAAAUUCGCAAUACGUUGGUAAUAUGGUGCGAAGAACUCUUUGCUCUGAUAGCCACGAGAUGGAACCACCCAGAGAUGGGACCGACGGCUCAAGCCAUUGCUAGACAGUUGCUCGGUAUGGAUAUGGACCUUGACAUUUCACUUGAUGAGGAGCGCAGGGCUGCUGUAGAAAAAUUCAAACGCGGCGAAACAUUAAUAGAUAUGUCCAAUGUAGCGCGCAAAAACUACUAUAAGCUCUUUACCAAUAUACACGUUAGAUUCGAAGUAAUUGAGAGACCCGCAUUGGGUCAGCAAAUUGCUAGCUGGAUCUCGAUAGGCUAUCCUAGAAGGAGGCCUUUUCUAAUUAGAGAACUCAAAGCAAAACUUUUACCUAUAGACAAAAACAGCCUGGUAUUACCAAAUUCGGCCGUACUUAUCUGUGAUUAUUGGGGCCAAACCGUCUACCAAGUUCAGCCAACGAGAAUUGAGUCUCGUGAGAUCGUCAGCGACGAAUACUUUGUAACCAUUGUUGGAACGCGCGGUAAGAUUCAAGUGCGUGGUGAGGGCGGUUCCGUCAGUAUGAAGCAGGAAUUUAGAGAGACAGUUUUCAAAGCAAAGGUUUCGUUGUCCUGGUGUUCUGCCAGGAAUAAGCUAAACCGGCUUCUCCGUCGCUCCCAAUAUAGAAUAGCUUCAUUAUUAGGACUGGUGAAUUAAAAUUAAACACAUUACAAAAAGAAUGUUUAACGUUUUCUAAAUUUGUUAAACGCUUUCAGUGUUUAUUUUUGUAUGGUGUGAUGCUAGUCAGUGACUAGGUAAACCGGUAUUCCCGAAAAGCCCCUGGAUAUUGAAAGGCUUCGCGUAGAUUCCGAUGUCCUUUACGUUUUUUCUGAUGUUAAGGAUUCAUUAGAUAUGCAUCAUUCAACACUAACCAGGACAGGUAUUAUCCGGUAUAGUACAUACGUAUGGGGGGCCUCAUACAAUGCAUUUGGACCCACUAUGAAAACUGUAGGUUUCUUAUUAAACCAGGUUCGUAACAACAAAGAAAAGGAGCUUUGCGCUAAGUAUAGGGGGUUUUAUUUAGCACUUCCAGCAGCUUUGUGUGAUUAGGUGCUCAGUAUUAUCUCUUUCUAGGCAAAAAAUCAAAGUCUAACCGGAGGUGCUCUGACAGGACCUACCCGGAGAAGCAGUUUCCGUAAUUUCAAAGAUAUGAUACUAAGAUUAACAGCUGUUUGCAUGGUUGCUGUGUUGUUUCGUAAAAAAUUGAAGAAAAAGACAUCUUGAGCGUGAGGAUUAUGCUGAGCCUCUAUUGGCCAGGUUAUCUUUCUCUAUCAGUCGAACGUUGAUUUUAUAAAUGACUUCCUGUUGAGCCUUCUACUUCUUUGAGGUGCAUCCGGUGCUAAGAUCUGGCCCGGUUCAGAUUAUUAGCAAUUUUUUUAUCGGGCAAGAUUUAAAAAAAGCAGGGAUUUUUCGGAGCAGCUAAGUGUUUUUCUUUUUUGAUUUUAUCGAAUGUCCUUCAACGGAUAAGCGGCUAGUUCCAUUUCGGAAGUUUCGCGUAUUUCAGAACUCCAUUUGCAAAAAUAAGCUGAGAGCAAAUUGCAUUUGAUUGAAGUCUUCAAGUUACAUCAGUUAUAUGACUGACUACCAUAUAAUCCUUAGGGUGCGAUCUGGCCUAUACGGCAAAAUAUCAGACUAUAUGACACACUAUGUAUUAGUUUCUACAGCAUACCUGAUGCCAUGUGUCCAGAUAGGUUUUUUGAUAUCCGGUGUGUCUAACCGAAAUUAGGAACAGAGAAGAGUCUGAAUCAUUUAUGACACUCUUCACGAACCUUUGAUUUGGUCAUCUCUGGGUAAGAGUAUUUGAUUUUCCAAUGAUUUUAUUCCAAGGCCUGAGAACCUCACGUUCCAAAUAGAUUAGGCCUAACGAUCCUUCGAUCCAUUAUUUGACAGUGUUUAUCUGUUGUGUUGCAGUGUUUGGCCUUGAAAUUGUCUGCUUAUCUCGAAAUAGGACACACAUAUUUUAUCAUGUAAAGUAAUAAAGAAACCAUGCCACGGGUAGAUCUUCGAAAAUUCUUGGACGUUUGUCCACUUUCUCUUGUUUCUCACCUUGAAAAUACUAAAUUUUAUACAUUUUAGUAUGUUUACAUUUAGUAUACAUUUAUUUACACAGGAUAAUUUGACGAACUGUAAAAUUACAGCUCUUCUACUACUAACUAGCUUCUACUAGUAACUUAUAACAUUUCGGGGACCUUCUACAGUGUGCGAUGGUGCCUGUAGUAUGAUGAGAACCAUUUCGUAUGCCUCAUUUAUUUUGCUAAUUCGUAUCACAAGAUCUGCAAUCAUAAUGAUAAUAUCAAUCUCAUCAAUUCUUGUUCUUAAAAACGUUUUUUAUACUUAUUCACAUGACACACCAUUAUUUUAAAUAAAUUUGGUUUUUGCCAGAAGCAUUCACAGAAUAUCACAGAUGCAUUUGUGUCCUAUACAACGCAUACAGACAGCGUCAUAAAUCUGUACCUUACAUUUUAACGUGGGAAAAGGUACUAAUAGAAAUAAACAAGAGGUAUUGCUUGUUGAGUUACUAGGAAAGCUAAUGGUAAGUUUGCCGGAAGCAGCAAGCACCUCAACCAGGAAUUCUUGAAGAGCCUUCAGAGAGGCGUGAUGUAAAGGUUUAUCAGCCUUUGAAUGCAACUGUUCGUCCAAGGGGCAGAGUUGAUUUGCAACUGCGGGGGCAAGAUAUUAUAAUAAUAAGUAAUUAAUCUCUCCCACAAGCACAAUAACGUGAACAGCUUUGGGCAAAGUACGUUAGAUAAAUAUAGGCGACAGGAUAGAGCAGCAAUAUUGAAUAUGCUUUAUCACAGCGAUGUUCUGGCACAGGAUUUCGUUUUUGGUUAAGGAGUAAGCCCUUGUCCUUACCUUCGAUUACUUUAAGACAUGUCGAUGCCAUAGCGGGCGAUAUUUCAGUAUAACUCUGCUUCUUCAGAAAGAUCAAAUGUAUAACAUAUUCGUAAAAUCAACACUAGUAUUUGAAAUAUUAUUUUUUCAAGUUUAAUUGAAGUUGUCAGAAAUUGUGAAAAUGUUCGCGCUCUUCGUUAAUCCUCUAGCAGAAGAGGGUACGGUGAUUAUAAAUAAAAAUAUAAUAGGCUCUUAUUAUAUUGAAAUGAAACGCUCUACGUCAGGACACAUUAUGCGCUAAAGAAAGAGCUGUCCCUGUACUGAUUCGAUUUGUUUAUCAAUCCCAUUUUUGUAACUCAAAAAGGAAACCUAAAUAUUACUACUAACUGACAAAUUGUUUUCGCUAGACCCGUUUAGAAUGCCAACGUGUUUAUGCCACGCGUUUGUCAUAAUGUCAUCUGUAUUCCUUCUAUUUUCUUUUUUCAUUGUCUCCUUUUCUAUUAGACACUAAAACAAGUGUACAUAGUUCAAUCAAAGUUGAAUACGAUUGCAAAAAGUUAUUUUGCACUGUGCUAGUUCAUUUUCAAUUGGAGCUAAACUCUAUCUGAAAAAUCUUAAUUGGCUAGAUAAUAGUAGGUAAUUAGAAGCUUCAUUUUUCUGCACAUUUUCUUUUUUUUUUGUUUACUACUAUAUCGUUCGGUACCCGAUACCGACCUUAAAUAUACCAGUCGUUUCUUUAAACCAAAUAGUUCGAUACGCAGUUACAACUUACGCUUGAAGAAAUUGUUGGAUGCGGUAACAGUGGAAGCAUUGUGCUAUCCUUAGGGUUUAAGAUCACGCUAGAUUUAUCAACGGUCUACUUUUUUCUCGGCGAACUGUAUUGGAGUAACUAAGAGAGGCAUUAUAGGAACAAAUUCGCUUCAAAUCCAUCUCAAAGACAUCGAUGCGCAUAUGUGGACGCGUAUGACGGACGAUUCAGGUGAGGCUGUCCUGACCUCUUUGAUAGUUGAUAACAUUAUUGAUUACAUGUAACAGAUUUGAAACUCUUCCAGUGCAACCAUUUUUAUAACAAAGACAACUUCUGAGUAGAGCUUUAGCCCAUGUGCUAUGCGCAAUACGUAAAAUAAAUUACCUCAUAUGUAUGUUCACGUAUACACGAAAGUCGGUAUCUGACUAUCCUGCGUUCAACGAACUAUAAAGCAAUAAUUUACUCUGUCCAAACAUUCAUGUGUUUUUUUGACAUAAACGCUUCAAAAUCGUUGCUGCUGCUAUGGAAGGAAAGAACAGAAACAUCGAAGUAAAAGCUACGAGAUAUAGCGGGAUUUACACACUGGCUUCCACGAUUAGCUUAACGUGUUAAUCGGUGUGCGCCGUUCCGGAAGACCUCGACGUAUUGAGGUAUAUAGCCAUUCAAGUACACGGUGGAUCCAAAGGACCAGUUCAGAGUUGUUCAGUUUGCUGUGAAGUGCUCAACGAAGUGUGCGACGUUUUAGAGAACUUUGAAGUAUUAAGGUACAAGUGCAUAAAUAUGCGACAAAUCUGGAAUAUCAGCUCUCAUCUCAAAUCUGCAACUUCAAUGUUACUGCAGGAGGCUGAACAAGAUACGGGAGUUCUUCAUCUGUUUGUGUGACACUGACCACAAGUUUGAACAAUGUCAUAAAGAAGUGAUUCCUUAAGACGCGAGCACGUAGACUGCUGACCGGGAUUGAAGCGUAACGUAAAAGGAUAUCGUUGUUCUGUGUUAAAGGAUGGACAGCUUUGUUUUUGGCCGUCGACUUUCAUAGUUCCUUUUUUCAAGGGCGCAGGCCAACGUCACAGGCUCUAACGUUAAUCGGCGCCAUUCAUUGUUGGCUACUUAAUUUCGCCGAAUCGGACAGUUGCAUGAAGGCCAACGGCAGGCAGCUUGAAUCAGUGUCGUCGGACCAUCUACGUCGUCACAAACGAGAACGAGGUGCGCGAGCGGCUGACUCGUCCUGGGCAUCAGAAGCAAAAGCAAUGGUGAGGUGAACAGCGGAUACUGUCUUGUGCUCAAAGAUGCUAUUGUAAACUUAAUUGGCGGCUAGCGUAUUCACCCACACGGGUCGUUCGGUGUCUUGAAACUGUGUCACAGCGGCCGGAGACACACAUCUUGAUCGAAUCAAGAAGACGAAAACGGCCAGGGGGGCUUGCGCCAAUGGAUCUGUAGGCGUCACAAGAAAGCUGUAAGGCAACGGGCGACAUCAGUCGCAAGGCUUAAUGGCCGCCAGAACACUGGUUUAAUUACAGAGAGAGCAAGAUGCAAUUGCCCUAGAUAUGCCCAUCCGUUCUCGAGCGGGGAACCCAAUUCAUUGGAGAGAACUAACCCGCCAUUUUGCGGCUUAAGUUGGCUGGAUUUGGUGCUGCGUUGUGGAGUUCAGAUCGAUAUUUCAAGUACCUGUUCGGGCCGUUUUUUUGUGCAGGAGAGGGGCUGGUGUGGGGGUUACGCCGGAUGAUUCUAACGGCGUUUAUGACAGCCACGGAGAGGCAGUGUAGAAGUUUCAAAAAAAAGAAGCGGUUUACCUAGUGGGUGUGUCUUUUGUCGCCACAAAAUGCGCUUACUGGAGAGGGCAAAAAGGCUAAGAUCCACCCACGAAUGCAGCUAGCUACCAAGACACUGGGUCAAUGUGACCGCAAUUUAAGUUACCGCAAAGAUGGGACGACGUCAAAAGUGAUCUCGUCGCUGGACCAUGUGGUCUCUAUGUGGCUAGCCGGAACAACUGUCUGUUGAUUCUCUGUAAAAUUUUCUCUUAACCUGCCUGCGCAUACCUACAGACUUCGCGCGUCUGGACAAGUGUCUUCGGAAAGUGAUCUCAAGCAAUAGGUUUUGAGUACGUUUGGGAACUCGACGAUUAUUUCUUGUAAAGUGACUAACUUGAAGGACAAAAAGGACCCGUCCGAGCGCAUUUGGAAAACACCGAAAGGACAACGACGUGAUCGAAUACACCUAGACUGGGAUACGCCCCUUGAAGGCCUCCGAUUCACCAAUUUUUGUGCAUGUUCUGCUGGUAUAGACGAAGCAUUAAACAUGGAUCUGUCAGUGGAAUUUCGCCCUGCUCUGGGGGUUAAACGUGAGAGUUCAGUAUCUCCUCCCGGGUGGGACCAUUCAUCAGAGGGGGACCGACCGCUAGAUUUCAGCAGGCAGAGUCCAUCUGCAACGAACGAAAAGGUUGCUAACGACGCCGACUCGUCCCCAGCAAAAAAGUGUGCUGUCUCCGAACCUGAACAGGAUUCUCCACGCACGAUGCCCGAUCAACGAAAACUUCUGUUGACAAACCCACAACAGCUACGCUUUCACGACAUGCACUGCCCGACCAGCCCGCCUCAGAGUCUAUCUCCGAACUUUCAAGCAAUAAUGGGGCUUGCACCGAACGUUCUGCAGUCGAACGAAGAUCAUUUGAACCUUUACGAAUCCCUUGUGCUCAAGUCACUACAGUCUGGUUCCAGCCCACAGCAUAUCUUCGACCCAGGCUAUCUGCACUUCAGAAAUCAGUUCCUGCUCCAGAAAAAGAUGCAAAACACUCAGAGACGUAAGACUGUGUCAAUGUCGACCCCAACGACUACAUCUUUAACUCCCAUACCGAAAAGUUCCGAUUCAACGGAACCAUCAUCCGAAUUGUCGGAUCAGUCCAAUGAUUCUAGCCAUGUUCACCAUAACCAGGCCGAUUCAACAAAUCGAACGGCAGUUUUGCCUACUGUUACAUCACCGCCUUCAUCCGCUUUGCCGACCUCCAGUAGCAAUUCAAAUGGCACUUCGAGACGACGCGGUAACCCUUUCCCCGAGGAGCUCAAGGACACAGCGUACUGGGAGCGUAGGCGCAAGAAUAAUGAAGCUGCAAAGAGGUCUCGGGACGCGCGGCGUGCUAAAGAGGACGAGAUCGCCAUUCGAGCAGCUUAUCUCGAGCAGGAGAAUAUCAAAUUAAAGGUCGAACUUAGCACUCUUAACCAACAACUAGCACAUCUACGAGCAUUUGUUGAAGCGCGUCAAAUCUAGACGUCGUCCCCGUCGAAGCAGGAUUGCGUCGUUUUCUAUUGUGUCAACCGGCUUCCCAGUCAGUAACUAUAACCGGCUGACAUUAAUGGGCUAGAAGCAAGAUGAAGACGUCACAGAUCGAAGAAGAUCUCGUAGACAUUUUUAUAGUAUAUGCAUGUUGACAUCUCGUAAACCCCCCCCCCAUUAAGCUUACUGGUGGCAAAUGAGCCCAUGGGGGUUAAGAAAUGUUACACGCAUCUAAUGCUUAAGAACAAAAUGAUCUAAUAAUCGGUUAUUGGAAAUAGUACAAAGGACGAAUUCUCUAUGGGAGUAUUAGAAAGGGCUCUCGACACAGCCAUUUUUACCAACUUUACCGUAUCUCAAAAUGUAUAGGCGUAAAUAUCACUACUUAAUGAAUGAACGCUGUCUUGCAGUGAAUCCGUUACGCCAUUUUAGGGCUAUGUAUGGCUUUUCCCACAUCUAAAAUUAUGAUGAACUUCAUUCCUGAUAGACGCUUACGAGUGCAGCCGGUGUUUUCUAUCAGGAACAAAGUUCCCUAUGCCGUAUUAUGUGGCAAAAACCAUAUCGAAUACACCGUAAUGGAUAUACUAUCAAAACGAUCUUCUUGAAUGUGAAUAUUUCGUACGUAACUUACUGUUUACAUACAAAGAGCUGGAACAUCGGCAGGAAUAGGCGCAUAGGCUUAGAUCGAUCGUCUUUAAACUAUAAUGUGUUAUUUUAAUUUAUUUUAUGUUACCUAACGGUUACAGAAUAAAUAAAUGAACUGUCAGGAAAUAGUAGCUAGCAAGCGAUAAAUAAAGCAGAUUAUUUGGUUACCUCUCGAAUCCGCCAUAGAUACCGAGGUCGCAGCUUCGAAAUGUGCUAAAUUCGACUUUGUAUUCAGAUGCUCAAGCCCGAAAAACGUUCGAAGCUGCCAGAUUAUCGGCCGGAUGGCGUAUUGCACAAGUAGCUCUGCAGUGAGUGCUAGCAGCAAGAAAGGCCAUAUCGAGGAAAGGAAAUUGAAAUUCUCAUAGAUUUCAUAACAUUCGUGAUACCUUUUUCCUUGAGCGAUGCCUCGUGCGUUAUGCUGAUGCAAUGGAAAGAGGUAAGGAUUGAGACGGAAAUACGAACAAAGAAACAACAAACGACGUCAUAGCCUCACCCAACCUAAAUACCUAGUCACUGUAUUACCUUACGUGGUGGGUUGAAACCUGAUUUCCAGACGCUGUUUUGUCGAACAGCGCUAUUUCUGUUCAAUGUUAAGGAAGGAGAGAUAGCUAUUAAAGGACAGAGAUAUCAUACAACAAUGAAUGAAUAAUAUCCGGCGUAUUGCUAUGCAAAGAAGGAAAUAUUAUAUAUAUUCUAGGUACCUGUAAAUGUAGAAAAGAACCUUAUUCAGCAAAUAUGGAAUCAAAAAAAAAACUGCCUGUGAUAACGCGCUCAUGGCCAUUUUCUAUGCGAACAAUACUAUCGAUUGCAACUAGUAAAUAAAAGAGAAUCUUUUAAAUGGACCUGAAGAAGAAGUAGGACGAGGUGGAGGAAAGGCCCUGACAACGUUCAAACCAUAUGUAAGUUAGAUUACAAUUGAAAGAAAGCGAUUCACACCAUCAGAUACACCAUGAAUUUUCCCCCCAUCUCACGACGACGCUCGUAAUAUGGAUACCCAGUUUUUAGAAAGAGAAAUUCGUAGAUUGCUAGGUAUAAGAAAACGGGUAGGCGCGGAACAAGGGAGUAUUUCCACUAGAUAGCUUGGAAGUGAUGAACGGACGCUCGCUCGCUUUAUUCACAAACAAACAGGACCAAAAGACAACUGAUUAACGCUGCGUCCUUAAAUUAAGCUAGCUUAUAUUAUUUGCAAUGGUACGUUUUAAUGUGUCAAGUACCUUUAUGAUGAACAGUCGAAAGAGAAAGAUGUUUACAUUUAGAAACAGCGGUAGUGGCGCGCACAUCUGUCCGAAUUAUGUUAAAAGAUAUUAUGCACGGAUGCAGUGUUCGCGUCAACAAACGAUAUUCGACCUUCCGAUCUGAGGGAAGCAGAAGUAGCCGGGCUGUCAGAUUUCAUAACGCGUGUCCAGCUAUGCAUCGAUCUACAUGCAGAUGAUACAAUUAUUAUAGAUGCGUGCGACAGCCAUCUGCGAAGAUGAGAAGAUUGUAUAAAUGGGCU